CUUUCAUCCAUCGCCAUGUCUCGCCCAGCAGAGCUCCUCGCGCCCAACCGCGCCCUCAUGUUCCCCCGGUUCGAGACGUACCGUCUCCAGUCGCUCGACCCGGAUGAGGACCUCGGCGUGCACCCGCUCCCUGGGGCCGGGGCAACGCAAAGCCGUGUGGGGCACAACUCACAGCAGCUCAGCUUCAAGGAGGUGCGAUCGCGCAUCAGCUGGGACCAUCUCGACACGCUGGACAACAGGGGUGUGUAUGUCGACGCGGAAUGGAACGUCGUGGGGUUUGAAGUCGAUGACAAGUUCGAGCCGACGUUUAGCACCCUCGCCAGCCUGCCUGUGCCCAUCUCUUCCAGCUCUCAGCAGGCCGAGUACCCCCGUGCUCUUCCUCUCUCACCGACGACAUGGGCCGUGUCAUCCGGCUCGGGGUCGCUGUACAUCCUCAAGGUGUCGGCACCUGGGGAAGGAUUGACUGGACGAUUCAUCGCUCGCUACGACCUGCCAGCUGCAGACGGGAGCUCGAGCGCCAGCCCUUUCCUGCUCUACGCUGCGCAUAAAGAGGGAGAUGACGCGUACCGCCUGCUACUUUGCCGGCCAGUGGUCAGCACGGAGGCUGAGGCCAGCAAGUACCGACCCCGCAAAACCGUCUUCGACCUGAUCGAGGUGGACGUUCUCACCAACAUUGAAAACGGCAUCGAUGACGAGCCUCAGACUCUCUCCCCCUCGUGGUCACUACGCGGAAAUGAUCUUCCGUACUGGGCGUCAUGGGCUGAGGGCGGCUGGCUUGUGGCGUCUGAAGACCCGUUCAGCGAUGGCCCGGUCGUGCGCACCCCUCGUCCCAGGGAGCAGGAAGGCGCCAAAGCCGCGAGGCAGCACGAGGCUCGGGUCUCCAAACUCGGCCUCGGUGCCCAGCUCCCAGACGAUGUUGAGGCACCCCUUGGUGCGGGGGCCGAAGCCGACGACGAGGAAGAGGAGGAAGAGGACGCCAAAGUGUUCCCCUUCAGCUGGACGCAGAACGAGACGUCAGUCACCAUCAAGAUCCCGGUCCCAGGCGGUACGCCAAGGCGUGAUAUCGCUCUGUCGAUUGCUCCCGAGUAUCUUGAUAUCAAGAUCACGUCGGCGUCCCUAUCACCGGCCCUGUUUACAUUCCUGGAGCGCUCGCGCCAUUCGUUCUGGUCCGAGAUCGACGCCGAUGAGUCAACCUGGACGUACCACUCUGCCAUCGGUGAGAUUGAGAUCGAGCUGCAAAAGCUCGAAGGCGACGCCCGAUGGCCUAGCAUCUUUGUACCCGCAGACGACGACGACGAUGCAGAGGUCGAAGACGUGCCGGAAACUUUUGGGGCCUCGACACUGGCAGCCAUACGCGACAGCUUCAACAAUGUCAAGACCCGAAGCGCCGACGAACCUCAGGGCAACCACCCCGCUUUACCGGGGCUUUUGCGGGAGGAGCUCGACUAUGACCUCGAGGACGACGACUAUGAAGAGGCUCAAGGCGGCGGCGGUGCGAUUUCCGAAACGAAUUCCGGCACGGUUGGCCGAUCAGUCUUGCUCGGUCACGUCAAGAUUACCCUCGAUGGGCCCCAGGCGACCUGGCCGCGGCAGCCGUCGUCGAUCUUGUCUCUUCCUGUGACAAGUGCCGGACCAGACCUCCCGGCGGACACUGGCGUUAUCGUAAAAUUUGCCGUCGACGGGCUGCUGUUUGCGCCAGAGGCGGGCUCCGAUCCGUCUCGUGCGCCGUGGAUUCACCUUGGGACUAACCCCGCUCUUGGGUUCGUUCUCUCGUCUAAACGCGACCUCCGUCUUGUGCGGCACCUGACCCGCAUGGAUUCAGGAGUGGCCAAGACUGUUGUGCUUGGCUUUGAAUCGGGCUCCGGCAACGGCCAGGGCAACGCUUACAUUUAUUACCCGCCCUCGGCAGAUCUUCCGACCUCGGCGAGGCAGGGUGUUAUUGGCGUCAGUGGGAGCGAUCGCGGUGGACUGCUGGGAGUUGGCAGUGUGGACGUUGGUGGCCGCAAUGUGGCAGUUGCGCUGUGCGAGCGUGCAUUGGUAGUGCUCAAGGGUGUGGAGGCAUAGAGAGGCGUAGAGAGGCGUAGAGAGGCCCGUGCUGUAGUAGUAGACU